AUGACUCCUGAGUAUCGAGAAGUUGAGCUUUUUGAAGUCCCGUCGUUCUUAACCCCAUCACUAGUUGGUGACGUCUCAAAGGGAAUGGCUGAAUCUGAUCACCAAAUUCACUCUGCUGAGAUCAAACUUCCAUCACAAUACUAUUUCUAUAUGGAAUCACAAACAACAUUAGCUGUCCCGGAUGAAGACAACUGCAUGGUGGUUUAUAGUUCUAGUCAGGUCCCUGAAUCGGUACAAAGUAUCAUUUCCCGGUGUCUUAAUAUUCCCGAACACAAUGUUCGUGUGAUUACACGACGGGUUGGUGGCGGUUUUGGUGGAAAGGCUAUUAAAGCUAUGCCCGUUGCGGCAGCAUGCGCACUUGCAGCUUACAAACUACGCCGUUCUGUAAGAACAUAUGUAAAUCGAAAAACCGACAUGAUAUUGUUGGCCCGAACUUGGAUCUUGAUCUCUAACGAGCGUGAAUAA